AGUUCAUCAAACCCCAAAGAUCGAACAUGGCCGCCACCACUCUUGCAAUAAUCUCCAGAUUUUGUAUCCAACUAUUCAGCAUGCUCUUCAACUACCUCAAGCUAGCUUCUUCCCGUUUCAAAUGGGUUUUAGAUUUCCUUCUCUACCAACCAUUUUACAGCCUUCGUGUUCAUCAUCAUCAUCAGCCGCUUCAGGAGUUUCAGAUCCUUUCAGAAGAGCAGGUGCAGAUAUGGCGUCAUUGUGAAGAAAAAGGAGAAGAAGAACAAGUGGAUUGUGCAGUGUGUCUGAGCAAGAUUGGUGAAGGAGAUGAAGUUAGGGUUCUGAGAUGUGAACAUGUUUUCCAUAGAGAUUGUUUGAAUCAAUGGGUUGGAUUCAGGAACUUCACUUGUCCUCUUUGUAGGGACUUUCUGGGUUCUGGGAUUAGGUCUGUGAAUUGCGAGGGAGGAGAAGCAAAUUUGCUUUUCUUUAAGUUUUCUUCUUUCUCUGAUAAUUAUUCUGAGCGAGACAACUGGUGGCUGCGGUGAGUCAUCCCAUAUAUAGCGAUGGCAUCAGCAUGAAUGUAAUCUUGAA